GGGGUCAGUCGGUAGGAGGCGCCAACUCCCCGACAGUCGAGCGCUUUUGUGACCCUCCCCCAGCCCUCAAACGAGGCACUGACACCGUCAUCAUCCAUUAUCGGCGAGCUUGCCCAUGUCUUCGAUAUAGUUGCGUUUCGAAGGAACUUCAUCCUGUAAUACCUUGCACUUGCGAAUCAACCAAAGACUGAUCCCAAAACGCACUGCUGUUCUUCCUUUCCAAAAUGGUGAAGAUAUUUGUUGGCAAUGUAGCUUCAGUGACCACAGAAGACGAGCUCCGUGCUUUGUUUGAGAAGUACGGCGCUGUGUCCGACUGUGACAUUCUUAAAAAUUAUGGCUUCGUACACAUGGACGAGGAAGAGGCCGCGCAGAAAGCCGUCUCCGCUUUGCACAAGCACGAGGUGAACGGUUCCCGCAUCACCGUCGAAUACGCCACCACCAAGGUACGCAAUGCCACCAAGAUCUACGUGGGCAAUGUUCCCGAAGGCGUCACCGCCGCCAAAAUCAAGGAGCUCUUCCAGCCUUUCGGCAAGGUGGUGGAGUGCGAUAUUGUGAAGAACUACGCCUUUGUUCACAUGCAGAGGGAAAGCGAGGCUCUGGAGGCCAUUUCAAAGCUCAACCACUCCAAAUUGGAGGGCCAAAAGAUCUUUGUGUCGCUCUCCCGCAGUAACCCAUCCAGAAAUGACCGAGGGGAGGACUACUUUCCUCCUCCGCCGCAUCACUAUCCACCUCACCCACACCAUCCUCACUUUCUCCCCCCACGCCCGCCACCCCGUGAAUACUAUCCGCCUCGUGGUCGACUUCCACCCCCUCCUCUCCCGCCGCCGCCGCCCCGCGCCUACUACGAACGCGAUGUGUACGAGAGGGGCCUUCGCCACGACCCGUACGCCGCCCCAUCCCCGCGUUUUUACGAUCGGGAUCCAUACGACCGGCGCAUUCCGCCCCCCCAGCGGCCGGUCACGCCUCCCCUCGCCGGUCGUUACUACCGUGAGCGCAGUCCUCUUGGCGGUCGCCGCCCUCUCCUGCCUCCGCCUCCCCCUCCACCCUCUACUGCCGGCUUUGGCCGGGGUUUCGCCCGCAACGGCGCUAGCACUGCGCCCCCUCCCCCUACCGCCGCUCCUUCCUCCCACUAUCAGCGCUACUCUCUCGGCUCAGGCUUUGAUAAGGAUGAUUAUUUGGAGGACAAAUACAGCAAUGGCUUCAGCCGUAGCUACUAAGCAGCAAAGUUUGUCCGUCCCCUUAUUUUCAAGGAGUUGAGUAAUCUAAGAGGGGCUUAACAUCAGGGAGUUAGGGGUGAUUUUUUUUUUUUUUUUUUUUUGGUUAAUAUUCUGUGAUAGUUGUAGCGAUUUUUAGAUAUAACGGGUCAAUCAGCUAAUACUGUACUCAUUGAACUAAUAAAUUUACCUCCGCCCGAUGAAGGAACAGCAAGUAGGAAGUUAAAUACACAUGAAUUUUUAUAGCAUGUUACGUUGUAUUAUAUUUGCCAGGCAUAUCGGUUUGAGUAUUUUCUUAUAAAAAAAAAUUCACAGUUCAUUUUACUCUAGCAUGCACUUCAAAAACACAACAGAUCGCUCAAAUAUAUAUAUAUAUACAUGCGUAUAUUUUUUGCAUUUAUAUUUCAACAUGAAUAGUCUACCCAACAGGAAAUUAGUUGUUUAAUGUUUACCUUUUUUUUAUUUAGUAUUUAAGAAUAUUCAGUUUAAUUUAAUUCUCACCGUCUUUUGCAUGAAAAGUAAUUCGGAGGUAAUUUUUUAUUUUUAUUAUUAUUAUUAUUAUUAUUAAUUUUUUUUUUUUUUUUUUUAGGGAGUCCAUAACUAAAUUUUAAGCUAUCUCUUUUUUUUCUGAGUUUAAAUAUAUAUAUUUUUUUUAAUUGAAUCUCAUCUCUUGACUACCUUGGUCUAGGCAAAUGAACUUGAUAUGAUGUUGUUAGAAGUAAUGUCGGACGUGAGUGAGACCAGUGGGAAGGAACAGAGAGGAAAAGGGUAAAGAGGUUGUUGUGGGCGGAGCUGUGUGCUAACUGACUGAUCAACCAAUCACAUCCUACCGGCUAACCGAGCACACCGCAUCUACCAGCCGUUCAACUUUCGGAUCCGCUGCCGCAUCCUAGGAUAAAGCACCACCGGUCAAAGGAAGCGAACGACCAGCCGCCGACCGCCUAAUAAAUUAAAAACAACACUGAAUCAUUCGUGCAAUAUCAACACUGUAUUUCCAAAACUCGUUGUAUUAGACAAACAGCUGAUUUGCCGACUCCGCAGACUCAGAAAGUUUUUAACGAUUAUUAAAGACUUCACAUUAUAAUGGACGUGCUUGUGAUUGAAAAUAUUACUGAAUACUCAACGUUGUUUCCUGUCCUACUUGUACUACUGCUGUUUGCCUAUUGUUAGCGUACACUUCUGUUUAAAAUGUACGUUUGUUAAAAACAAGAAAAGAAAAAAAAAGCCUGUUUUCUCGACUGUUUAUCCGAAACCGUUCUCUCUAUCAUAUUGUCCACUCGAGCAGGUUCGAAACUUAUGCUUGUUUUGAUUUAAACCUAUGAAAACAGAUUCAUGUUCUACCAGUCGCUGUCAUCUUGCCGCCUGAAUAAAAACUCGACUGACUUAGACGCAACGUUUUCAUGUCACUCGUUUUUAAUUGAGUCUCUUUUAAUUUCUACCUCAUGUCUCACCCGCUCACGUUAUCAUCCGGUAUAAUAGAUAUGUCCUUUUGGCUUGGUCGCUCAUGUGUAAGGUGCCCGACGGAUUCGUUUAAAAAUUGCACUUUCCGCCUCAACCCUUCAUAUAAAAACAAAAAGUAAAUUCCUGUCACUUUAUCGUCUUUUUUUCUUGACUUCUAGUCAAGAUGAAUGAAUUUGUGAUGCUCUUUCGAAUUACUGUAACCGCUGGGUGUGGUUCAUCAGGAUGGGUGAGUUAAAAGUGAAGGUAAGUAGCAUUUCAAGCUGAAUUGUUCAGACUUUUAUUCUCCUUGUCACGUUGCACGUUAUUGUAUGUAUCUGUGUGCCGGUAGAGCCUGCUUGACUUGCUUUAGUUUUUCACUGGCGAUAUUAUUAGAACGGUCACAUACUGUUCUUGAAGCACUUCAUCCUGAUAGUCGGUGCAGUUGUUUCAUGAUGUCCGUCAAGUGUUUAUAAAGUGUGAUUUUUACCUCUUCUCCUCAGAGCCUUUCAGUAAAGUCUGCACUCUGCUGUCAUCUAUAAUCAUCUCUUUCAACAGGUGGAACGGUUUUACGCUUCUUAAAAUGUUUCUUCCCUUUCUUGUGCUACAUGCCUCAUUUGUACUUCAGUCCCCAGCUUAUAACUUCUCGUACAUGUGUUUCUAAUAGAUGUAGAAAAUGUGAGAAAUUCUUUCCUUGAAUUGGUAGCAUCACGCUUGGCAUUUCUAAUGAUCAUUUAAAGAUUGAACCCAAAAUAAGUAAUGCCAUAAUGAGGUAACUUCCAGGAAAUGGCAUUCCUAAAUUUCAGGCUAGUGAAAGUGAAAUCUAAUCAGAAGGACAAUAUAACAGAAAUGUUGGCUCAUAUGUAGACUUUAGGGUGUUUGUGUGUUCCUGUGAUUUAAUAUCGGUAUAUUUAGAUGCUUAAAUUCGUCUCGAUCAUAAUAUUUAAGUUAUGUAAAGACUAUUUUUAUUAAAUUUGUGUAAAAUAGAAUUACGUUUGACUAAUGAAUUGUUGAACUGAUCACCAUUCUUUUAACGUUGCUGUAGGUCUGUAUAUAAAUUACAAUUUUACAUUUUGAAUUGCAGCUAUUCAGGCUUUAGCAUUCAUACUGCUGCUACAGUCACGUCUGUAAAACAUUUAUUUAUCACUUCUCUGAAUAUUGUGGCGCAAGGUUGUAAUUGUAAGGAGGUAAAAUAUAUUUUAAGUUGUUUGCUUUUUGUCCUAGAUAUUUAUAGCACGCAUGGUAGUCUACUGUUUCCCGAGAAUGACCCAUAUAAAAAUUAACAUAAGAUUAUUUGAUUUCAGUCUGGCAAAGAAUUUCAUACAGUAGUACGUGAAGCCUUGAGUUUGAAUCAAAUGUGCAGUUGUGUAGGGUUAGGGUUAGUUUUUCUGGUCUAUCAGUACACAGUUUUUUUUUUAAAUUUAUCUUUUUCUCUUUUUUUUUUUUUUUUUUUUUUUUUUU